AUGACUCCAGUUUUCAGCCCAGUAAAUGCCAUCAUCACUCGCCUGGCGGAAGGAAAAAGGGUGCAUCCCAAAGAGAGUAUGCGCCAUGAAUCGCUACGUCUAUGCACGUUCCGUACUUACCAAACUUAUGGGAAACCAUCAUGUAUAAAACUUGCCAAGGCUGGGUUUUAUUAUGCCAGCCAAGGCGAUGAAGUUAUAUGCUAUUGCUGCGCCAAACGUAUCAGUAACUGGAACGAAAAAGACGAUCCUAUGCGCGCUCACAGACUGGUAUCACCUAGCUGUCCUUUCUUGAUACGCAAUUCCGAGGUCAACGAACCAGUGACAAACGAUGACAUCGAAAGUUCCAAUCCCCGACUGAACCGGAUACUGCACUCACUGGAUACAUCAGACGAGCAAUCCGUUAUACAGGAAAUAAAUAGCGGCCCAGCAGCGAGUGAAGACGUUUCCGCGUUAUCUUCAUCUAGUUUAAAUUCAAAUCAGAAUGGUGCUAGUGGGCACACGGCUGAAUUUACAGCAGCCAAGCGUGCAGACGAAGUCCGAGAAAAGCUCCUCAGCGAAAACCGCGCCUUAAAAGCUCAGUCAAAAUGUCUGCGAUGUCGUAGACAUGACGUGUGUAUCGCAUUCCUGCCGUGCGGUCACCUGGUUUCCUGUGAGGGGUGCAGCACCGACCCCAGUGCCCGGAAGUGCUUCUCGUGCGACGCUGCCGUGAAAGCCAGAAUCAAGGCGUUCAUUUCAUGA